GGUCGCCCAAAUUUCGAAAUCCAAAAUCCUCCCCACGCCGCGGCUCCCCCCACCUCCGAUUUCCCUCUCCCCCUUUUAAAUUUCGAACCCUCCUCCCCCAUUUCCAUCCUCACACGGACGAAUCGCGCACGCUCCCCGCACCCCGCUCCUCGCCCGAUCCGCUCCCCAUCCCGUCCGGCCGCCGCCGGCAGCCAAUCCGCCGAGGCGCAAUCCGCGCAUGGAGUUCGACGGCGGCAUGGAUGCGCUCCCCGACGGCGUCGUGCAGCACAUCCUCUCGCAGCUCAGCAACGCCCGCGACGUGGCGGCGUGCGCCGCCGUCGCCCGCUGCUGGCGCGGCUGCGUGCCCUACCUCCCGUCGCUCUACUUCCCGCGGGGCGCCUUCGAGGCCGCGUCGGGCGGGUCGGCGUCGUCGUCGGCCGUGGCCGCGGCCGACGACGCCAUCGGCCGGAUGGUCGCCGCCGCCGCGCGCCUCGAGGAGCUCGUCGUCUACUGCCCCUUCUCGGCCUCCCUGCUCCCGCGCUGGCUCGCGGCGCGCGCCGCCACGCUGCGCGUCCUCGAGUUGCGGGUGGACUCCGCCGCCGCCGACAAGUCGGGCCACCUCGACUGCAUCGGCGUGGCCGCGGGCCUCGAGGAGCUCAGGCUCUGGGGGCUCACCAUGACGCGCCCGCCCGCGUGGGGCCGGAUGGAGCGGCUCCGCGUGUUGGAGAUUAUCGGCACCGAGCUCGGGGAGGCCGUGGUCAACGGCGCCGUCGCCGCGUGCCCCAACCUCACCGACCUCGCGCUGCUGGGGUGCGAGUGCGCCGGCGAGGCGGUCAUCUCGCUCCCCCUGCUCGAGCGGUGCCGGCUCGACUUCGUUGGUGGCGGCAACUGCUCGCUCAGGCUCGCCGCUCCCCGCGUCGAGUCCCUCGAGGUCCAGGGCUUCUCCUGGAUCUCGAUGCAAGGCGGCGACCGUCUCAAACACCUCACAAUCUCCAAGAACACUGGGACUGUAUAUCAUGUCGAGAUGGGGAAGCUCCCGGAGCUGGACCACCUCUCGCUGCGCGGCGUCCAGUGGAGCUGGGGCGCCAUCAGCUCGGUCCUGCAGUGCGCGAGCGAGGUGAAGCACCUGGUGAUGAAAGUUGAGUUCUGCGGCGAUAUUGACCAGCUCCAGCCAUUCCCGGAGAUCGACCUUGUCCAAUUCUUCAACAGCCACACGAAGCUUUGCAAGUUUGAAAUUCAUGGCGCCAUGUUCGCCGCGCUGUGCCAAAAGAACAGCUUGAAGAAUUUGGAUUCAAGGUUCGUGAUACCUUGCUUGGAGCAGGUCCUGGUCACCGUGCGGUCACCUCUGAAUGCCGAGCAGAAGCUGAGCACCCUCGAGUCUCUUGUCAGGUACAGCGUGAGGCUACGGAGGAUGAUCAUUAGGAUAUCGCAGAUGAAGAAUUGCCAUGAGGCUGCUGAUGAUUUCUUUGCGGAGAUUUGCAAGUUCACUUACAUGAACAGUGAGAGUGUGUGCAUAGAGUAGAAGCAUUGUGCCAUUCUUGAAGUGAGUUGCUGCUGAACUAAGGCAAUUUUUACCCAAUACUGUUUGUUUAGGACAAUUUUAUUCAAUAAUUUAUUGUGUUGUUCAUUGUUCCUCUGGCCUGGAAUGAUCUGGGUUUCAGCAUGCCUAGAGGCCAUUUGAUUCUAUUUUUCACCAGUGUAAGUUUGUACCUGCAAAAUGCACUGUUCUUUGUUCCUGAAAUGUAAUAAACAGCUCUGGUUUGUUGCUGUACGUCCUACUAUGCUUGAUUUAAA